AUGCGUUCCCUCAUCACGCUUGCUCGGGCAGCCCGACUGAUACCAGCUGGGAUUGGCAAAACCGAUCAAGCGGUUCCCCAGGGUCCGAUAAAAGAGCUAGGUUCAGGGUCUGGGAUACCUUGCGCAGAAACAUUUCGAUUGGCUCGUACGUUACUCCUGACUGUUAUUAAUGGUCAGAGAGGGAGCGAUCUCGACCUGCCUGAAACCAAUUCGAAUGCUGCUCAUCGGAAGGGCCCUUUCUCGCAUGCUGAAGUCACUAUUGAGCAGGAAGAGGAACGUUACUGA